GAGAUAAGAAUGCUUAUCGACAAAGCUGAUUGCAAUCAAAGCGGCAGACACACGGAAAUACUAUACGAAUGGCGAAGAACCAACGGCUGACCACACUAGGGACAUCAUUCACACUCGAUCGAUGGGGAGAAGGCAGCAGGAAAGAUAUACACCUGAUUCUGCCAUCCCUUUGCAUCCUACCAAUCAAAUACUAAGCCUGGGCCCCCCCACAUAGACAUUAUUUUAAAUGCCAUUUCAAGUAAUUGUACAUCACUACUCCCCAGAGUGGGUGUGGGACUUAAUGAUAAGACCCCUGCAAUCUGGGCCCCUCGAUCGAUUCGCCAUCUAUCUUCCACAUCAGUCAUUCUACGGCAGUGGCAACAACAGCAACAGUGUAUCACGAUCGAAAAAGAGACCACCUUAUCGGAAAUGCCACUGGAACCGUGGAGAUUGUGGCUACCGUUGCUUCUGUUCGUCCGUCACCUGGCUGCCGAAUCGCCCCAGUGCUUCCACUUCACGUGGGUGGGGGCCUACGAGAAUCACUCGAAUAUCCACACAGAGACCUGCGAGGCGAGGGUCGGGGACUUCAACGAUAUACCCUGCGUAAUGCCGCUGGUCGUGACAGCCAACGACACGGUGCCGGACGUGAAGGCCCUGUGGCACAAUAUGACCGAGGAUCGCGAGAACUUCCUUUGCCAAAUGUCGCCGGGCUUCUCGUGUGUCAAGUACUCCUACAUAUUCAAAGGCGGAAUCCAGAACAUCACGUACAUGUGCGCCAGGGUGAACAGCAGCAAUGGCUGCUAUCGACAGGCCCAUCCCACUGGCAUGCAGGUCGAGGCCUGUGUGUGCACCUCCCGAGUAGGUCUGAUACCCUGUAAUGGCUGCUCUCCCGGCACUCAAUCGAUGCAUGUAAUGGGCCUGGCCCUCUGUUUGCUCAACGUUUAUCAAUUGCUGAAUAAAUAUCGAAUAGUUUGACACGGGGAGAGACACCCCCCUCCCCCCCCCCCCAC